AUGUACCUUGUAAGCCUGAUCGAGAAGGCUCAGCUGGGCGCGAUUCAUUACGGAGGAGUAGGCAUCUCCUCCGCCGAUGCGAACCGGCUCAGCGGGAAAGUGGUGACUCCAUCACCUGUGCACGAAGGAUUGUCGGCGGGUCACGCGCCACCGAUACACAGCGUCGCCAUUGAUGACCGCUGGCUCGAUGCGGUGACGCGCUACAGCCACUUCACCUGCACCGUGGAUGAUGUCGCACGGGUGGCAAUGGCUUUUUCAGAGUUGGCGCAUGUCCGCUGGACGCUACCGGCGUGGCACGGCUCCUCGACUCCCCUUGGCCACGGCAUUGAUGAGGCUCACAGUGGCGCAACAGGGUCGCCUUCUCUCUCUAUCCCACAUGAAACGGUAUCUCCUGUACGGGGCAAGUCGGCCCCGUCUGGCGGAAGGCUCCGUGGGCGCCUUUACCUCACCGCGAGUCACGUAAUCUCUGUCGAAGAAGCAGAGGAGCACUUGCGACAGGCUCUUCAGCGCAAAGGCACCGCGGCUGCCCAGCGCGCCUGGCUCGAACUCGUGCACCACCACACGGCCUAUGCCGCGUACGUGGAUUCGACAGAAGGCGUUUCGACGUCGUCCCCUGGAGGCAAUGGUGCCGGCGAGGUUGCGCCGGGGUCGAAAUCUUGCGACGGCGCCACAGGCACGCUUGGUCAUCUUCUCGAUUCCAGCACAGGCGAGAAAAACACCGCCUGCGAAGUGAGUGAUGACCAACUUCUUGAGCAACUUUCAACUGAAUUGCGUGCCUCGCUCUCAGCACCGAUGCUGCGCGCCCUGCUUUUCCAGAUGCGUAGAGAUGCGGCGCAUACAGAGAAGCGAGACCAGCGACGGACGGCGGAGCGGCAGCUGAACGAGCGCGUGACGAGCGCCUACGAGCAGGUGCGAGCGUUGCUGGGUGGAAAGCAGGCGAACGGUCGCAACGCCUGGUCGCUUCUUGUCGCGAUGCGCGAGGAGAGCCGCUUCGACGAUGCACUGGACGCUGCGGCUCUACUCUCUCGCCUUUUGCGCAUUCCUGCCUCCGGCCUCACGGCGACGAUGCUGCGCGAGGCAGAGGUACGCGUUGAGCCGCCAUCUGCCACAUGGGUGGGGAAGGCGAAAAAAGCAAAGGGCAAGGGAGUGCGCAGCAAGCGGAGGCGCGAGGCCGACGAGGCGGACGCAGCGUUGCUGCUUCACGUAACACAGACUACGCUGGAAAGCGUGACAGACUUGCAGGGUCUGAGCGAGGAACAACUGCGGCUCGUUCGUGUGCAGCUGGAUCGAACAACUGGCUCCGUAAGAGGUGUGAUGGAGGUCAUUGCUCAGCAGCAUGCCUGA